AGCCACGCCUACCAAACCCUGAAGCCACGCCCCCCCCACCCGAGAGACGCAGGCCGCAAGGCCCCCCGCGCAUGCGCACUGCGGCCUCCUCGUCGUCGCCCGGAGUCGGAGUGGCACAUUUGGGCAACGGCAUGGCGGAUCAUGACAUCGACUUCAACACCGGCGACGCCGGCGCCUCGGCCACCUUCCCCCAGCAGUGCUCGGCAUUGCGCAAGAACGGAUACGUGGUCCUCAAGGGACGCCCGUGCAAGAUCGUAGAGAUGUCGACCUCCAAGACGGGCAAACACGGCCACGCUAAGGUCCACAUGAUCGGCAUCGACAUCUUCAACGGCAAGAAGUAUGAGGACAUCUGCCCCUCCACCCACAACAUGGACGUGCCCAACAUCAAGCGCAACGACUACCAGCUGAUUGGCAUCCAGGACGGAUACCUCACCCUUCUCAUGGACAAUGGCGAGCUGCGCGAGGACCUGAAGCUGCCCGAGGGCGAGUUGGGCAAGGAAAUCGAGCAGAAGCACGAGGCCGGGGAGGAGAUGCUGGUCACAGUGCUGUCCGCCAUGAAUGAGGAGAGCGCUGUGGGCAUCAAGGCGAUGGCUAAAUAAGGCGGGUUGUGGCCUUGCUUAUUGGAGGUGUGAAUGCUAACAAGAGAAGACAACACAAGUUUAUUAAAAUAACAGAAAUCACUGCGAUCGACCGACAUUAUCCAGGCCCAACCCAAACAUUUAGUUUUAUUUUCCAUAAAAAAACAACCCCCCACACACACAAUCUGCCGCCCCCCCCUCCACACAACUCCUGAAAACUAGAAGACAAAUUAGCAAAGAGGUUUUUUUUUUAGCGAGAUCUCUUGAUGCCAAGGGACACCCCCCCCCCCCCCCCCCCCCCCGUAAGAAGGCGUUCGGCCCAUUCCAGUCUCGCCCUGUUCCUUCGAACCAACCAAACCACCCACGGCGGUCAGCGUCGCCGCCGGUCAAGCACUGCUGAGACCGCGCUCCGCUGGCAAGGGGUAAAGGGGAACGAGGCGGCGCUACCCAUCCGUGCGUCCCUUCAAGUCCUGCUCCCCCCCCCCUCCACCUCGUAUCUACACGCAGACUCACGGAUCCGCUCACCCCACCCACCCCAACCCGUCCCUCGUCACCAAGCCCCCCACACGAACCGCAGACGUCUGUGACUCGAUCACCCGUGGGUUUCUGAUCUCGAGAUGGAAUGCGAAGCGAUGCGUGCGCACAGAAGCAAAGUGUAACCGUCGACAACAGCAUUUUUUGGCCACAACGCCUUAGCACAGCUUUGCCUUUUUACUUUUUUUUUCCCCCCCGUACCCGCCGCACCCACCGCCCCCCCCCCCCCCCUCCUUAAAAAAAAAAGCCGACAAGUAACAAAAAAUAAAAAUUCUACACAACAACAAACGUUUGCUCGGGUCCGUUGCGUGGUCUAAACCUUCCACACCCUCCCCCAAUACCACCGCCUCGCAAUCCCAGAAUCAAGAGGGUUGGUGGGGGUCGCGAGAACUGCCGACCUCUGCCAAGCGACGACGGUUUAGCGGUGGCGCUCGACUGGAAUGCGGUGGCCGCACCUCGACCAAGACUUGGCGCUCCUCUGGGCUGCUUGCGCUGUCCGUCACUCCCCCCUCCCUCCCCCCGUCCACCCCCCCCCCCACCCCGCCGUCCCAACACUGCCGAUCACCCGCCCCGCCAUGACGGCCGACGGAUAGGAAUAACUUCGACUAAAAAAAAAGCCGAAUGGAUGUUCCUGUUCGGAGGAAGAAGACGACGACGAUGGUGGAGGGUGUGGGGGGGGGGCGUUGGUGGCCGUCACGUUUCUUGCGUCGUCGAGAACCGAGAGAGGACGGGACAGAGAGUCGGGAGAGGUGCGUCCGCGCUCGUGACAAAAGUGAGAUCAAGGAAACAAAUUAAAACCACGACAAGCGGGAGGAGAGAGGAGCCCCGUUUGUAAUCGAUACACCCCCCUUACCCCCCCACCCCCCCCUGUGUUGUGGGCGAAGCGAGCGGACCGUGCCGGCGAGGGCGACGAUCCCCGCCGGCUGCCUGUGACCGUAGUAAGGCGGUCGCACGGCGUGUGUCUGGCCCGCGUCAUACUCCAAUGUUGCUGCGCAGUGCUAUGAAUAAUAAACAUUACGAGGCCAG